AUGUCCGCGCAGGCUGUCGCAGAUCCGCUAGCUUCGUCGGCAGCGACCAAGUCCAAAAAGAAGAAGAACAAGAAGAAGAACAAUUCUGGCGCGAAGGGCGAAGCAAACGGUGAUGCAGUGGCGAGCAAUGGCGCAAAAGAGGCUGCGGACAACGAGGACGAUGGAGACGAGGACCCGGAGCCAGAAACGCCCGGCGAGCCGGAAGUAAGCGCGAAGGAGGAUAGCAAGAGCCACGCAGGAGGCGUGGAGUCGUCAGCCCAAGUCAAUGGGGUCGGCAAGGACACUUCGGAGAGGCUGGCGGCGCUGGCAAAAGAGAGAGACGCUCUACGCGAGGAGGUGUCGGAACUGCGAAAGUCUUUGGAGGCGUUGACGGCCAAGCACGAAGAGGAGGUACGGGAAAUCAAGGAGCAGCUGGAAGAGACCCAGUCUGGCAGGGAGGAGGCCGAGUCCAAGUACGAGGACCUGAGGGAGAGGGUUACUACGAUUCGCACCACCUUGGGCGAGCGACUGAAGGAGUAUUCGGCGGAAAUCACGCAACAGCGCACCGAGAUUGAAUCCCUCCAAGAGCUCAACGCCACUCUCAAGGCUAACAAUGAGUCCCUUCAGUCCGAGAUCAGCCGGCUUACCGCGGAGCACUCAAAUCAGGCGCGGGAAAUCAACGAUCUCCGUGGACGCGUCAACCUCUCGCAGCAGAACUGGGUCAAGGAACGCGACGAGCUCAUCCAGAGGGAGGCCAUAGCGCGUGAAGAAUUCGAGACGGCUGCGCAGGCCAUGAAGGAGUGGGAGGAUCUUGCCAACGAGGAGCGCAUCAUGCGCAAGAACCUCGAAGACCGUGUGAGCGAUUUGGAGGAGGAGAUUGCCGUUCAGAGAGAAGCGUACGAGAGGGCCGCCGCGGAGAGGGACACGCAGAGUCAAGCUGUGGAAGGCUUGCAAAGGGCUCUGAAAGAGAUCCAGGACGCGCGGAAAAAGGAGCUUCGUGAGCUGGUCGAAAGUUCGCAGACGCAGCUGGACGCGUUGAGAAAGCAGCUGGACGCAGCCGUCGACGAGGCGUCGUCGGCCAAGGCCGCGCUGGAGCAGACGGAGGGCGAGCUCGAGAAGCUGCGCCCAUUGCAGCAGGAGAUCAGGGAGAAGAACCUCCUCAUUGGAAAAUUGAAGCACGAGGCCGUCACGCUCAACGAGCACCUUACCAAGGCCUUGCGGUUCUUGAAGAAAAGCAAGCCGGGCGACACCGUCGACAGGCAGCUCGUCACGAACCACCUGCUUCAGUUUUUGGCCAUGGACCGAAGCGACCCGAAGAAGUUCCAGGUGCUUCAGUUGAUAGCCCAUCUGCUGGCUUGGUCGGAUGAACAAAAGGAACAGGCCGGACUCGCUCGCCCCGGCGGUGGCGCAUCAUCAUCAUCAUCUACUUCCUCGUCGACGUUGAGGAUUCCGUCGAGCCCGUUCAGACGCACGCCCAGCACCCCCAGCCUAAGCACGCAGCUCGACAACGCAACGCCGGCGAGCAAGGAAAGCCUGGCCGAACUGUGGAGCGAAUUCUUGGAGAGAGAGGCGCAGGAGGGCCAAGCCUCUGGGACAGCGGAGAACCUGCGAAGACCGAGCACGGCGACGGAGCUAAGCAGGAGAGAGAGCGAGAAGUCCUAG